UCUAUCUCCAUAUAACUGUGCAUGAUUUUUUUCUGAUCACAAAUUAGUCGUGCAGAGAUGUCUCGUCUACAUGAUAUUAGCAAAACAAAAUUUAAUGACAUCUUCAUCACUCUACUACUGCUACUACUAUUUCUGUUGAUUAAUGGUCCAAGUAGUACUGAAGCUGAUGAACCUAUCUAUUCACCAUUUUGCACUGGUACAAAGGUCACCCCCAACGGUACUUCUUUUGAAACCAACCGGAAGUUGCUCCUCAGUUCUCUACCUUCUAACACUUCCGUUUCUGGCGGUUUCUACAUCGCAUCCAUUGGCAUACCUGAUGUCCACGGACUCGCACUUUGUCGAGGUGAUCUUACUCAGGAAGAGUGUCUGAAUUGUGUUAACAACGGAAGUAAACGAAUUAUUGAUGAAUGCCCAAGUAGUUCAUCUGCAACAAUAUUUUAUGAAGUUUGUCAUGUAAGGUAUUCAGAUGUGAAUUUCUUCUCCGAGAUGGUAUAUGCUGCGAAAUAUCCAACACGGGGGAAUCUUAACAAUAAAAGCAGUAAUAACUCAUAUAAUUGGAAUAGUACUGAGCAAACUAUAGUAGGUUCUAAAAUUUAUUCUCUUGUUCUUGAUAAAUUAAUAUCGGAAAUAGUAUCCGAGGCGCCUGAUUCUGGCAAGAUGUUCUCUGCUAAGGAAGCUAAUGUAGAAAGUACUAGCAGUAAGUUGUAUGGUCUUGGACAGUGCACUAGAGAUCUAUCUAAAGAUAAGUGUCAUCAAUGUCUAACACAAGCACAGGGAGAUAUUGCGACUGAUGACGGUAAUGAAGGAGGAUUCGUUGUUGAUAACAGCUGUAAUUUGAGAUAUGAACUGUAUCCAUUUUACCGUGUUCAACACCUGCCAGGAAAGAAAAGAAGAGCAAUAACAAUCACCGUUAGCAUAUCGGUACUUAUAUUUGUUGUAUUGGGCUCUUGGGCAUACUGCCGAUACGGCAAAUCAAAGAGAGAUCAUGGAGCAAGCCAAAUAAUUAUGUUACACAACAACUUUGGUGGCCCAAACCCCAUAGAACUCCCGCCAUUGAGGAAUGCACAAAAUGAUGAAGAAAUUUCGCCGGAUGACAAUAAAGAAUUACCUUUAAUGGACUUCAUAACUAUUAAAGUAGCUACAGAUGAUUUUGCUGAUUCGAAUAAGCUCGGGCAAGGUGGUUUCGGGGCCGUCUAUAAGGGUACCUUACCGGAUGGAAGAGAAAUAGCUGUUAAAAGACUUUCAAGGAAAUCUUGGCAAGGUCUGGAGGAGUUUAAGAAUGAGGUUAUCUUGAUUGCUAGACUUCAACAUAGAAACCUUGUCAAGCUCUUGGGUUAUGGUAUUUAUGGAGAGGAAAAGCUCCUCAUCUAUGAGUUCAUGCCAAACAAGAGUCUGGAUCUCUUCAUAUUCGAUGAAACCAAUCGUUCACAACUCGACUGGGAAACUCGCUUAAACAUCAUUCAUGGGAUAGCCCGGGGCAUACUUUACCUUCAUGAAGACUCGCGACUUAAGAUCAUUCAUAGAGAUCUUAAACCGAAUAAUGUUUUGUUAGAUCAUGAGAUGAAUGCAAAAAUUUCGGAUUUCGGCAUGGCUAGAAUUUUUGGUGAAAAACAAAGCGAAGCUAGCACAAGAAGAGUAGUAGGAACUUGUGGCUAUAUGCCUCCUGAAUAUGCAAUGGAGGGGAUCUUCUCCGUCAAGUCUGAUGUUUUUAGCUUUGGAGUUGUCUUGCUUGAGAUCUUAAGCGGGAAAAGGAGUAACGGAUUCUACCUUACAGAACACGCACAAACUUUGCUCAAUUAUGCAUGGAAUCUGUGGAAUGAAGGCAAAGGUUUGGACUUCAUAGAUCAAUUUUUGAUAGAAUUUGCAUCAGCUCCAGCAGAAGAGCUAUUAAGGUGUCUGCACAUUGGAUUGUUAUGUGUACAAGAAGAUGCAGCAGAUAGGCCAACAAUGUCAUAUGUUCUUGUUAUGCUAGGAAGUGAUAAAUCAAUAGACCUUCCACAACCUACACACCCUGCAUUCUCGGUUGGGAGAUUUGCAAGUGGCUUAAUGGGCCAAUCUUCAAGUUCUAAUAAUUUGUAUUCUGUAAAUGAUCUUACUGUUUCGAAUUUCACAGCUCGAUGACGACGAUGCACAUCUUAUACGGUUUGCACUCCCUCCUGUACCCAUGGAUGCGGGUUCUAAAAGGGUGAAACUCGUAUGAGAUGUUUAUAAUCAAACGAUGCUAUUUGAAUUAACCGUUAAUUACCUUCUGUGAGCC